AUGCAGCUACCUCGCAGAAAAACGGCAUUUCCCCUUGAAUCUGUGUCAAUGAAGGCACGCAAGAACAACAACCUCCCCAUAUUCGUGGUGGUCUUCUCAAUAUUCCUCUUUGGGAUCUUCAUGUACAACGAGGAUGUGAAGUCCAUUGCCGAAUUUCCAUUCUCAACGCCCAAGGCCCAGGAGCUCCAAGAAGAUGAGUCAAAACAGAGCAACCCUGUUCAAGAAACAAAAGAGAACACCCCUGUUCAAGAGACCAAACAGAGUGACUCUGUUCAAGAAACCAAACCGAGCGAAAUCCAACACAGGGUUUCACUGAGUUCAAGAGCUCAAUUGGAAGAAACCCAGUUAGAGAAUAGCUCCGAGGAAACCCAAGAACCGGUUGAUCUGAAAUCCAUCACGGAAAAAGACGAUGAACAGAAGAUUGAAUUGUUGGGUUCUCAACAACCAGAGGAAGAGGAAGAAGAGGAAGAGAUUGAAUUGCCUCCAGAAGACUGUGAUUUGUUUAAUGGAGACUGGGUUUUCGAUCCUGUCACCCACCCUCUGUACAAAGAAGAUGAAUGCGAGUUUCUCACAGCGCAAGUGACUUGCAUGAGAAAUGGAAGAAAGGACUCUCUGUACCAACAUUGGAGAUGGCAGCCCAGAGAUUGUAAUCUCCCAAAGUUCAAUGCAAGGCUGUUGCUAGAGAAAUUGAGAAACAAGAGGCUAAUGUUUGUUGGAGACUCAUUGAACAGAAACCAGUGGGAAUCAAUGAUAUGUUUUGCUCAGUCUAUCAUUCCUCCUGGCAGAAAGAACUUGACAAAGAAUGGCUCUCUCUCUGUUUUCAGAAUUGAGGACUAUAAUGCUACAGUUGAAUUCUACUGGGCUCCAUUCCUGGUGGAGUCAAAUUCAGAUGAUCCCACAAUGCACAGCAUAUUGAAUCGUAUAAUCAUGCCCAAGUCAAUCAAGAAGCAUGGAGAAAACUGGAAGGGUGUGGAUUUCCUCAUCUUCAACACAUACAUUUGGUGGAUGAACACUUUCAAAAUGAAAGUUCUACGAGGAUCGUUCGAUCAAGGGGCCACGGAGUUUGAUGAGAUCGAACGGCCUGUAGCGUAUUGGAAGGUUAUGAGGACAUGGGCUAAAUGGGUGGACAAGAACAUUGACCCUAAUCGGACCACCGUCUUCUUCACCAGCAUGUCCCCUCUCCACAUCAAGAGUUUGGAUUGGGACAACCCAGAUGGCAUAAAAUGUGCAAAAGAGACGACACCAGUUUUGAACGCAACAACUCCAUUGGAGGUGGGCACAGAUCGCAGGCUGUUUGUGAUUGCAAGCAACAUAACUCGAUCAAUGAAAGUGCCUGUUUACUUUCUUAACAUCACAACCCUCUCUGAGUUUCGCAAAGAUGCACAUACCUCAGUCCAUACAAUCAGACAAGGCAAAAUGUUAACACCAGAGCAGCAAGCAGACCCAGAAACUUACGCAGAUUGCAUCCAUUGGUGCCUUCCUGGGUUGCCCGACACGUGGAACGAGUUUCUCUACACACGUAUCAUUUCCCGCUCUUGACACAUAGGAAAAAUUCGUACUUGUCUUAUAAUUUUUUGUUUUAAUUUUGGGUCCAGUUCAUGUAAUUUCUCCUCAGUUUCUUCUUUUAAUUUCUUAUAGCUUGAAUUUUAGCGUUCAACCUUCUUUUUUUUUCUUUUUUUUUCUUUUGGUUCAAUUUUCAACCAAAUCUGACUGAGGUGAAUGCUAUUGU